UUGAGGCACACCGAUGCGCACCAUCAGAAUAUGACACGUGUCUCUGAAACUUAAAUGUAUCGGUCCUCUCCAGUCUAAGUGUGCUCGCUUGAAGACUCUGUCGAGAUUCCCGUCCGCUGCCUUUUACGCACGAGUAUCCGUGCGCAAUGAAGCUAUGGACAGCGCGCACCUCUCCACAUACCUGAGAGAGCGCGCGCGAUUUUACGCAUGAAAAUCACAGUUCGUUUCCAAACCCAACCAUGUGCAACGCAACGAACCAAACCACGGCGAACAACGACACCGACCCGUUCGGCAGGAACGAAGACGUGGCCAAAAUGGAGAUCACGGUUUUAAGCGUCACCUUUCUCGUGGCGGUGGUCGGAAAUCUGUGCGUGCUGCUGGCCAUGCACAACACCAAGAAGAAGAGUUCUCGCAUGCACCUGUUCAUCAAGCACCUGAGCCUCGCGGACCUGGUGGUGGCUUUCUUCCAGGUUCUUCCACAGCUCUGCUGGGAGAUCACCUUCAGGUUUUAUGGACCUGACUUCCUUUGCCGGAUUGUCAAGCAUCUCCAGGUCCUAGGGAUGUUCGCGUCCACCUAUAUGAUGGUGAUGAUGACACUGGACCGCUACAUCGCCAUAUGCCACCCUCUGAAGACCCUCCAGCAGCCCACGAAGCGCGCCUACAUCAUGAUCGGGUGCACUUGGCUCUGCAGCCUGUUGCUCAGCACCCCUCAAUACUUCAUCUUCUCUCUGAGCGAGAUCCAGAACGGCUCGGAUGUGUAUGACUGCUGGGGACAUUUCAUCGAGCCGUGGGGCAUCCGCGCCUACAUCACCUGGAUCACUGUGGGUAUCUUCCUCCUCCCUGUCAUCAUCCUCAUGAUCUGCUACGGGUUCAUAUGUCACAGUAUCUGGAAGAACUUCAAGUGCAAGACCAAAAGAGGCUCCCCGCACAGCUCUAAGAACGGGGCGAUUGGAAAGGCGUCUGUCAACAGUGUCACCAUCAUCUCAAGAGCUAAACUAAGAACAGUGAAGAUGACAUUCGUGAUUGUUUUGGCGUACAUUGUGUGCUGGGCUCCGUUCUUCAUCGUACAAAUGUGGUCAGUCUGGGAUAAAAACUUCUCCUGGGAUGAUUCUGAAAAUGCAGCGGUGAGCCUCUCUGCCCUGCUGGCGAGUCUCAACAGCUGCUGUAACCCAUGGAUCUACAUGCUCUUCAGUGGGCACCUCCUUAAUGACUUCUUCGCCUGUUUCCCCUGCUGGAACAAACCCCAAAACACAUUACACAAAGAGUACUCAGAAAGCAGCAUCCGGAGGAACACCCUCCUGACCAAGCUGGGUGCCGUCCGGACCAAAGAUGGGUCUGACUCUUGGAAAGACCCAUGCAACUCACGAAAGUCCAGUCAGUCUUUAGGGCUAGACUGUUCACGCAAAUCAAGCCAGAGCGUUCAAGUGGAGUCAUAGGAGCCAGAUGGGGAUAAAUAAAGAGACAUGAAAAUAAAUGUAUAAAUAAAAUACAUCUUCCAAUCUGUUAUAUUAUACAUAAUGAGAAUUUAUUAACAAAAGAGAAGAUGUGUGGUCAUAGUCUAAUCAUUUUCCGCUUAUAUAAGUUCCUCACUCAAAAAGAUUUUGGAAAUGUCGUACAUUGAAUGAGCCUUUGGUUACCUAAAAAUGUGUUCAUUCUUAUAAAUGAUGCAUUUUAUUUUACAGCACAUUAUGUUGUGUUGCACUCUCCUUUACGACUAAAGUCUGUGACUUCAGGUUUGUGUUUUACUGUUUAAUAUUGGUGAGAACUUCAGCUUCAU